AUGUUUAGAGGCUCUUCAACUGGCUCUCCUCGACCGGUUUCCAUUCGCCACCGAAAUCUCGACAUCACGUGCGCCUCAUCAACGGCCGGUAUCAAUAUGUGGGUCUUAUCCUCUGGGGGACUAGAAGUUUCUGUUUAUUCCCAUCCAGGGAACGAGCACAUGUCUGUACUUGGCAGCCGUUUGUCUCAAAGUCAACUCAAUUUGUACCUCCACGGUUCGUAUCCCACUGGGUGA